AUCUCACUGGAGUCAAGUGAUAAAAUAAUCUGUGCAACAAAUUCAGUGAUGCGGCUCAUUCCAGGCGAGAAAAUUUGUCCGCGUUGCAACAAACUACUAAAUGAAGUUAUUGAACUUGGUUAUUUAACACCAGAAAAAAUUCGGCCACAGUUAUCGCAUGAAAAUAAUGAUGCAGAUGAAGAGCUAUUCGAAAGUCCAACAACAAUCGGCAACACACCGUCACGUCACUUAGUGUCCGUUCUUUCGGAAGCAUCAGUUAUAACUCCAGUAUCCGAUCUUUCAAAGUGCAACCGGAAAAGGCGUUUGCAAAUAUGUGAAAAGGUGCUAAACAAAGUGAGGAGGAAAAUGUUGCCUGAAACCCCGGAUCCGGAAAUUUUUCUUGCAAGCGACUUCGAAAAUUUAUUGACAUCAAUCAGAGAAAAGAUUAAAGUUUGUAAAAAGCGGAGCGAAAUUUUGCAACUAUUGACCUUGGCACCGAGCAGUUGGACAAUAAGCCAAUCGGCAUCAUUCUUUGGAGUUACGGAAUAUACGGUUAUUAAAGCGUCAGCUAUAAAGAACAGCAAAGGGAUAUUAUCGCUACCUGAUCAAAGGAAAAAACGUCGGUCUUGCAUCAGCGACAGUGAUAAACAGACAAUCAUUGACUUCUACGUGUCGGACGAAUACAGCCGUCAAUUACCGGGAAUGCGGAACGUGAAAAGUGUGAAACUUCCCGACGGACAAAGAAUAAAGAUGCAAAAGCGGCUACUUCUUUGCAAUAUAGCAGACUUGCAUAUUGAAUAUAAGAAGAAAAUGAACUUAACUACUGGAUCAAGAAAACCACUUGGAUUUUCUAUAUUUGCGUCUCUACGCCCGUACCAUGUCGUAACUGUCGGCGCUGGCGGAACACAUUCAGUGUGUGUCUGUGUUUAUCAUCAAAACGUAAAGCUGAUGCUCAGCGCAAUCGACGUAGUGAAUGAAAAGAAUCUUUUUAUGGAUAAAAUCGUCUGUUCUGUCCACAACCAGGAAUGUAUGAUGGAUCGAUGCGCAGCAUGUCCUGGUACGGAAAACCUCAAAGCGUUUUUAGAUCAGCUGACGGAAGAAGAGCCCGAUGAAAUAAAUUACAAGAAAUGGACGCAGACCGACGGGAGUAAGCUGGAAUCUAUCACUGAAGACAAAGAUGAUUUCCUGGAAUCUCUGGUAAUCCUCAUCUCCAACUUGACUAAACAUCAUUAUAUCGCUCGUGCUCAAAGCGCAUUUUUCGUCAAGUGCAAAGAAGAAAUUACCCAAGAGAGUUGCGUGUUGAUAAGUGACUUCUCCGAAAAUUUUUCAUUCGUCAUUCAAGAUUGUGUUCAAGGAUAUUACUGGAUGAACCAACAAGCGACCGUUUUGCCAUUUCUAGCUUAUCUAAAAAAUGAGGAAGGUGAACUUUGUUCAGCUAGUAUGUGCGUCAUCAGCGAUCACUUAACACAUGAUUCUGGAGCUGUAAAUGCGUAUCUCAAGCCCGUCCUGAACCACAUUAAGUCCGUCUAUCCUUUCAUUAAAAAUGUCAAAUAUUUCGCUGACGGUUCGUCGGCGCAAUAUAAGAAUAAGAAAAACUUUGCUAAUCUGUGCGCACACGAACAGUCUUUCGGUCUUAAAGCUGAGUGGCACUUUUUUGCGUCUUGCCACGGCAAGAGCGCUUGCGACGGGGUUGUCGGCACUAUUAAACGGCUUGCUCGCUUAGCUAGUCUGCAAAGACCUUUAUCUGAUCAAAUAACUACCCCAAUUCAGCUUUUUGAAUGGGCAAAAGGUCAUGUAGACAUAAUGAUGUUUUAUGUUGAAAAACAACAAGUUGAACUUAAUUCUGUUGAGAUUGAACGGAGAAUGGCAGAUGCAUUGCCAAUAAAAGGUACGAGAUCUUUUCACUGUUACGUGCCCCUUAACGCUUAUCAACUCAAAGUUUCCGCUUUAUCUUGUGAUACCGAUUUUCAAGUCUUUAAUGUACUCCCUGAACCACGCAACCCAUUUGAUUUCACUUCAUGUCUAGUCCAAGAUUUCAUUGCAUGUGUAUCUCAAGAUGAUGGUUUAUGGCACUUUGCUCAAAUUAUUUCAACUAACCCAGAAAAUGAGGAAUAUCUUGUCAAGUUUCUAGCCCCAGACGGAGAAUCUGGGUUUCUUUAA